AGGCAAGUUGAAAGUGAGCAAUCAUGAAUCCUCAGCCAGAAAGAAGCUUGCUUGACGUUAGUCCUUAUUCAUUAUUCUGUUAGCUGACAACCGUUCAUGAAAAGAUGGCUGAUUCAGAUUUCGAGUUCGCAUCUGACAACGGAGUGCUGCCUGUCGAGGUGGACCCAGCUGCAGCUUUCUUAGCUCAGCAAGAAAGCGAAAUAGCGGUGAUAGAGAAUUACGACGAAGGACUCGGAGCUUUGGAGGGAUCCGCUGAGUUCCUCGAACAACCGCCGACAGCUGAUUCACCUGCUCCUGUACAAUAUGAUGCCGGAUUUGCAGAGGCAUCAGCGGCCACGGUAAACGGAAACAUGUUUGUGCUGGAGUCCAACGGUCCAUCGGACAGCUAUGCGGCCAUCGCCCAGGUGGACUCUCUGAGAGCAGAGCCUGAGAGCCUGCGUAAGUGGAGGGAGGAGCAGAAGGCACGGCUGGAGCAACUAGACUCUGCAUCCAAGGCAGCGGAGGCUGAGUGGAAAGAGAAGGCCAAGAAAGAGCUGGAGGACUGGCAUGUGCACCAGAAUGAACAGAUGGAGAAGAACAAGGCCAACAACAGGGCGUCUGAAGAGGCCUUCCUGUCUGAGGCUGACGGCGACAGCCCAGGGACGGAGUGGGAGAGAGUGGCCCGUCUCUGUGACUUCAACCCCAAGACCAACAGGACGGCCAAGGACGUGUCCCGGAUGCGCUCGGUCCUCAUAGCCCUCAAACAGACACCUCUGGUGCACUAGUACGGCCAAUGGAACGGCGGAGUGGCGACGAAGGGCACAAGUGGUCACCCUCUCUUGACUUUUCUCAAUGUCAUUCAUGAAGGAUAAUUCUUCCAAGUUUUACCAGUGAGACGUCUCGUCUAUGCAACAUCAGUCUCAUGGGAUGUAUAGCGUUUCUAUAGAUCUGAGCUAUGUACUGUUUUGAAUGACGCACAGUGAGUGACUUGUAGGGAAGAAGGUGUUAAUAAAUUGUAGCAAAUCUGUUUUUUUUUGUUUCAAAGCACUUUUUGUUUUUUGUUGUUGUCUAGUAGCACACUUGAGUUAUGGGAGAGAAAUGCAACCAUUUAAACAGUUGUCCUGAAAUCAGGUGUUUUUUUAUUGUUUUUUUUUGCCUUAACAAAACAUACAGUAACAUACUAUUAUAUUGGUUUCUGUUCUGUAUAAUUAUCAUGUGAUCUUCCAAACUUUGAUCUAACUUUUAUCAAACGAUAACCAUUCAGAGUUGCCUGCGGAGACUGUGGAAGUAGAGAAUCCCCCUGCGUGAACCCACAGAACCUUUAACCCUGGGAAGAAAAGUCCGAUCCACAGGACACUCUUGUUUUUAAAGAGUCCUCAUAUCAUGGCCAAAUUAAACAAGAUAUCUAGAAUGACAUGGACAUGUUUUUAAACCGUUUGAUGAACGCUAGUCUGUUGAGUCAUAUUUUUAAACACUCCCCCCCCCCCCCCCCUUCAUUUAAACCGCAUUGCCUCAAUCUGUGAUCAGCUGUUGUCUAUUGGGACUAUCACACAGAGGAGAAUGUUACACGGGAACUGGAAAACUCAUCAAUAAACAUUCUCAGAAGUUG